AUGGGAUUUUCUGGUUUUACAAAUGAAGUUCAGUUGGGAAAUCAAUCUUCACCAAUUCUUCAGAAUCAGAGAUUUGAUAAUCGACCAAGAUUUGAAAAUCUCUUCUUUGAUCAAAGUAGGAAAUUUGACUAUCUUCACUCUGAUCCAAAUCCAAUCCCAGCUAACACAUCUUCAUCCUCCACUGUUACCCAUGAGGAUCAUUCUCCAGAGGACUGUGAUUUUUCCGAUGCAGUUUUGAGUUACAUCAGCCAGAUCCUAAUGGAGGACGAUAUGGAGGACAAGACAUGCAUGCUUCAAGAUUCUUUAGAUAUUCAAGCAGCUGAAAAAUCGUUCUAUGAGGUGCUGGGUGAAAAAUACCCUCCUUCUCCAAGAAAUCCAAGCCUUAUCAUUGAUGGGGUUGGAGGUUAUGGCAAUUUUCCUGAUACUAAUGGGGAUCUAAUGAGCAUUUUUACCAACCAGUUUAUGCCACCAAACUCAGCUAACUUUCCUGAGUACAUUCAUGGUAAUAGCCUUAUGCAUUCAUCUUAUAACCCUUAUAAUAGUGUAAUAGAAGGGCCGGUAGAUUCUCUAAACAGUAUAGUUCAGGUUCCUGAUUUGAGCAGUGAAAGUCAAUCCAUUUGGCAAUUUCAGAAGGGUGUUGAGGAGGCUAGUAAGUUUCUUCCUUGUGCAAGUGUUCUGCUUGCUAAUUUGUCACAAAUAGAGCCGAAAGUAGAAAAGGAUGAAUUGUCAUUUAAAAUGGAGAAGGAGGAGGGGGAAUGUGUUUAUGGUGGUGGAUCCAAGGGAAGGAAGCAUCCUCAAAUGGAUGAAACAGAUGUUGAAGAAAACAGAAGCAGCAAGCAAGCGGCAAUUUAUUCUGAACCAACUCUGCGGUCAGAAAUGGCUGAUAUAUUCCUGCUUCAUAGCACUGGGGAUGGUAAGAACCACUACGUGGCUCGCCGCGAGGCUUUGCAGAACAAGACACAGAAAACAGUGCUGCCAAAAAGUCAAUCGAAAGCAUCUAGCAGCGGUAAGGGGCGAGGUAAGAAACUAGGUGGGAGGAAGGAAGUGGUCGAUUUGAGAACACUUCUGGUUCUAUGUGCACAAGCUGUUGCAGCAGAUGACCAUAGGAGUGCCAAUGAGUUGCUAAAGCAGAUCAGGCAACACUCAACCCCUUUUGGGGACGGAAGUCAGAGGUUGGCUCAUAUCUUUGCAGAUGGCCUUGAGGCGCGUUUGGCUGGUACUGGCAGCCAAAUUUACAAAGGACUUGUCUGUAGAAGAACAUCAGCUGCUAAUUUUCUAAAAGCUUAUCAUCUAUACCUUGCUGCAUGCCCCUUUAGGAAAAUUUCUAACUUUACCUCAAACAUCACAAUAAGGGAAUCUUCAGUACAGUCAAUGAGAGUCCAUGUUAUAGAUUUUGGCAUGCUUUAUGGUUUCCAAUGGCCCACUUUUAUACAGCGGCUUUCAUGGAGAGAAGGAGGACCACCAAAGCUACGGAUCACGGGAAUAGACUUUCCACAACCUGGUUUCAGGCCAGCAGAAAGAGUCACAGAAACGGGACGGCGCUUGACAGCUUAUGCUGAGGCCUUUAACGUUCCAUUUGAGUACAAAGCUAUAGCGAAAACAUGGGACACAAUUCAACUUGAGGAACUUGAGAUUGAUAGGGAUGAGUUCCUUGUUGUUACUUGUUUCUAUAGAGGUAAGAACUUGCUGGAUGAAUCUGUGGUAGUGGACAGUCCAAGAAAUAAUUUCCUCAGCCUAAUUAGGAGGAUCAACCCAAAAUUGUUCAUUCAUGGCAUCAUGAAUGGUGCGUUCAAUGCCCCUUUCUUUGUUACCAGAUUCCGGGAGGCAUUGUUUCACUAUUCAUCGCUGUUUGAUAUGCUUGAGACUAUCGUGCCUCGUGAGGACUGGGAGAGGAUGCUGAUAGAGAAAGAGGUAUUGGGGAGGGAAGCAUUGAAUGUCAUAGCUUGUGAAGGGUCUGAAAGAGUGGAGAGGCCAGAGAGUUACAAGCAGUGGCAAGCACGCAUUCUGCGGGCCGGGUUUGUGCAACAAUCUUUUGAUCGUCAGACAGUGAAGAUGGCAAUGGAGAAAGUGAGGGGUAGCUACCACAAGGAUUUUGUAAUUGAUGAAGAUAGUCAGUGGUUGUUGCAAGGUUGGAAGGGGCGUAUCAUUUAUGCUCUUUCUUGUUGGAGACCUGCAUCAUGA